GCUUCUGAAAUAUUAGGUGGUGGGAUUAAUGGCACUCUCAAGAAAUAUUGUAGUUUAUGAAGUAUCGCUUUCUAUAUUUUUCUUUGAGUUAAGUCACGUAUUUUUUCUUCGUUUAAAUUUUAUACGCUUUUGACGCAUUUUUAAAAGAUCCUUUAAAAGUGUCUUGAGUUUAUAUUUUAGGCAUACUUUAUAAAAUAUUCGUGUAGUAAGUAAAUACGAAUUUUAGGCAAGCUUUUUUUAAUUGAAAUUGUUUACCUAUUUUUCUCUUAUAAACAUGUCUUAAUGGUUAUUAAUUGUCUUAUCAAUUUAAAGGAUAAGUUUGAAUUAUAAUGAUCAAGCAAUUACCUACUCAAUAAACAUAACUAUCGCAGGCUGCGUUUAAAUAAGAGCUCUUACCGUGACCUAACAAUACAGCGCGCGGUACCUCGCUAUAUCUAUAGGUACGUAGGUAGCCAUCUAAAUGUAUAGGUUAUGCAUACCGGUCCAGAAAUAAAGCUAAACCGGGCCCGCAGUAAUAUCUUCAUCAAGAGGUGUGUUCAAUCGAUUAUACCGCUGUGCCUUAUAAACCAUACGUAUAGUUUAGUACGCGGCCUACCAACAGAUAUUGUGCGCUCUUUGAUUUUUAUUUGCCAAGCUACGCGGUGUAAAUGUACUCGAUUUUUUUGCUCAAUCGAACGAAUCUCCGUAAUGAUUCGUUUAUCGAUAUAAGUGCACACAAUUCUGGUAAUAUAAAUCGUUUUAUUUAUUAUUCAGAGUUCUCGUGGGCCCGAUAAAGAUGUCGCAACGACAUCCGAGUAUUAAUUAUUUCUUGGGUGUAAAUCAAAGUUCUGUUUUUACAACUUAAUAAUAUGUUACCAACAUUUAAUCUUGGCUCAAUCAAGUUUAUUAAAUUACUUUUUUAAUGAAGUCAACAUGAAAGUAGUUCGUAAGAUGAUAUCUUUAAUUUUUCAUUACAAAAAUAAAUGCGGCGCAAAUAGUAAUAAAAAACAGUAGUUUUGUUCGGAUGAUCACAAAUUACACGUUUCAGCCGUAAUAGGUAGCGUUCAAACAUGUUGUUUCAUUUAAUUUCGCAUGAUAAUCUUACGUUUUGGUACGUUCCAUUAAAUUACAGAACAUAUAGUACACGUAUGAAAAUUAAUAUACAAAACGGUGUAAGCAUUAAUUAAAAAUAAAUCCAAACAUUCAGAGCGUGUAUAGCGAAAGCCUUUAAUCAAUGCGCUACGCACAACCGCGAAACGAAUCGCCGACGUAUGCGUCUCUUACUUCAGUAUGUAGAUGAGCUUAAUUCGCUCGCAUCCAUUCUGAGUAUGUUAAACACUCAUCGGAGGUAUUUUUAAUGUGAAAUCUCCUUCCAGAUCCCGAGAUAAACUGUAAAAAUUACACCGUUUUAAAGCAUUUCUCUCUCGGCCGCCGUUUGUCAUUUAGCACACCCUUAAUAUCGAUGCCAGUGCCAGAUAGCCUCGUGUUUAUGUCGCUUAAAUUAAAUUGCCUGUGUUGAUUAUUGUGACACUGCUUUUUGUAUGUCUUGAAAUUUAUUUUAUUCCGAAUUUGUAUAGUGAGAUUAGUUGAUACUUUUGUUUCAAACUACAUCACGAUAUAUUACCCCAUCCUUUGCAUAAAAUUUAUUUUGCGAUGAGGAAGGUAACAAAGCCACGUGGCGUGCUGAGCUUAGCGCCUCAAUAAUAAAAUGAUGCUGUCAUAAAAAUCAAUAUAAGCACAAUAAGAUUCUAUAAGUGCAGCCACGAUUUAGCUUAACGUCUUCAUUAGGGCGCGCACGACCUCCCGAUCGCGGGCUCGGAGCGCAAUUUUCGACUCGGCUCGAUUCGCAGUCUCGUCCAUAAUUUGCGUUGUUCGGGUCCCGAUUUGUCGGUCGGCUCCGCAAUUCUGAAAGCGCUUGCCCGACAAUUUCCAAGAGGUCUUGUCGGGCAAUUUUCGAAUGCGAGCGAUUGGUGCACUCGCGAUAUUCGAGGUGCCCGAGUCCCACGUAGUAAUUGAUGCUUGGGGCAGGUCGCAAUUUUAAAAUUUACCAUGAUUAAGUGUUCACUUUUUAUUGCAGCAAAAGUUAAAAGCUUUUACGGUCGAUGCUAGUAAUUUCGUUCGGAGAUUCAUUAAAUUGUUGUUUAAAACAAUGAACUCAACUGAUACAGUUGGGUUUAUUUAAAAUGUUUCAGUGUUAUCAUUUUGAUCCAUAUUGAUUGGCUAUUUAUUUAACAAUACCUUUUUUACUGGAGAAUACCGAAAAAACAUACUAAUUGAGGAUGUAACCAAUUCAAGGGUGCGCAAGAGUUCUUAAUACACAGUUUAAUUUUUACUGCACCAAAUUUCAUUUUAUUUUUUGACUUGUGGUUUCUGCUCUAAUUAUCUGUUCUAUUCAGCUAGCCGCCACAAUGUUCUAUUAGCGUCACCUUUCUUUUUUACUGUGAGGUAUAAUUGUACAACCUGAGCCUGCGCAUGGUACAGUACAACUAAAUGAUUUAUGUUCUCUGGCUAGUUAAUUGUAUUUUUCUCCCAAAAAACGAGGGGCAUUAUCUCUCGGCGGUCGACAGGUAACAAAUCUUGCUUUUUAAAUAUUAUUACUCAUCGUAUUCGAUUUGGGAACGAGCUCGCUACGAAUGCUUUAUCACCACCUACUCGGCGUCCCGCGGCUCACGAUUCUUUGGUCCCCCUAAAACUUUAUUCAAAUGCGACACACAUUCAUCUAUCCGUCUCGGUCGCACGCGCGGCGAUUAGUCGCCCUCAGAAUUAUACCCGUCUCGCACCUCACUAAAAUAGACUGUGCCCAAGCGCAAAGUGUUCGUGUCAAAAGUUUUGUAUAGAGUCGGAUAAUGGCUUACGAAAUUUUUCCCCUACCUCGUGAGUUUUUUUUACAGUCGAGCAUACAAGCUAGGGUUGUGAAGUUGUGUAAAAAUAUUCUGGAUCGGUUGAUGCGGUGUUUUAUCGUGGCAUAGGUAUCGUGUAAUGUAGUGCAGAUGCCUUCUCCUCUCUAUGUGAGCACAGAACACGACUCUGUUAUAGUAUGGACAACAGUGUCAGUUGUAAAUAAGGAUUUGUAUAGGCAAUACGUAUCGUAGUAGUGAACGCGUUCCGAUAGGCGCCUAAUAAUUUAAUACGAACUUAAUCGGUCCAACUUGAAGAUAAUACUAAUAUUUUAUUUGUUUUAUAUUUAUUAUAAUAUUAUAGUGGUCCAACAAGAAACUUUGAUGAAUUAAAUUCGUCUUGGUGGUUUUGUAUAGUGAUAUUGAAGAUUGUUUAUUGGUGUUCUAGUGUCAACGAUUAUUCAAUAAAGUGAUUAAAUCGAGAUUUUUAAGGAUUUAUUAGAUUGUAACCAUUUCUGCUGUUCAACAGUCCAUAAACAAUAAGGCGUCAUUAAAUGAUUCGAGGAAGAAUCAGAUGAGGAGACACCGUCCGUCAACACCGAGCAGCUCAUCAGUGAGAUCGAUCGUUGUCGUGUAGUGAAUGGAAUCCGAAGUGUUUGUGUAGUGACUAAACUGUGAUAGGUAGUGUCGGCCCGAGGGGCCGAGAAUCUGCAACGGAAGAUACGGACGCGAGCCGCGCGGGCUGCGGGCCCGCGAUGAGCGCCAACAACUGCGACAGUAUGACCUACUUCUCCAACGCAUACAUGCCGGACAUGCGGAAUGGCGGCGGCCAUGAACACCAACAGGCGCACGCGCACUAUGGCGCCGUGCCGCAGCAGGGGCACGAGAUGGAUGGCUGUGACCAGCAGCUCAGGCCAGCGCAACACCACUACCCCGCACAGCCGGCGCCCGGCAUGCCCUACCCGAGGUUUCCGCCCUACGACAGGCUGGGUUACUACCAACAGAUAGAGCAAAAUGGCUAUCGACCUGAUAGUCCGUCUCAGAUGGGGCACAUGGGUCCGAAGACGGACGGGUAUGGACCGAAUGGUCACCAGCCCCCAGCGCCCGCGGUAUAUACCUCGUGUAAACUGCAGGCAGCUGCAGCCACGGCGGGAGGUGUGCCGGGCAGUCCUCCGCUGGAGCAGGCGCAGCAGAUGCCUCAUCACAUGCACCCACAGCAGCACAUGGUGCAGCAUGGGGUGCCGCACCAGCAGCACCUUAUGUACCCGGUGGAUGAUAUGCAGCAUCAGACGCAAAUGCCGCCCAUGCACCAGCAGUCCAUGCACGCGCAACAGCCACCCCCACAACAGCCCCCGCCAAACACCAAUGCCUCGCUGCCCAGCCCACUAUACCCUUGGAUGCGAAGUCAAUUCGAAAGGAAGCGGGGUCGGCAAACUUACACCCGGUACCAGACGCUCGAGCUGGAGAAGGAGUUCCACUUCAACCGGUACCUGACGCGGAGGAGACGGAUCGAGAUCGCGCACGCGCUCUGCCUCACCGAGCGCCAGAUCAAGAUCUGGUUCCAGAACCGCCGCAUGAAGUGGAAGAAGGAGAACAAGACCAAAGGCGAGCCCGGCUCCGGGGACGAGCCGGACAACAUGAGUCCGCCCACCUCGCCGCAGUAAAGGCCUCUAGCUUAGUUUGCGCGGUCCAAGCUAGGGGUGGCUUGUUUCAGAUUUCCUCGCCCGAAUCACAAACUCCGUUCUCCGCGUUUUAUUUUGUGUAUACGAAUUAGGUUCGAUCGCUUCGAACUCAAAUCUGAAACAAAACGCCUCGAGACCGAAGUUACUAGAACAGUUUAAUUUGUAUAAAUUGUAUGUUGGACUUUUCAUGAUAAUAUUACAUUAUAACUAAUACGUAACCUAGUGAUUUCGAAUAAAGAGUAAUGAUAGUGUGAAGAGAUUUUUACAGUUGUUAAGUAUAAAUUAAUUUAUAGAAACAAUCUCAAUACCAAUAAUUACCAAAAACGCAGUGUAUAUGAUUAGUAAACUGCAUCAUUUAUGUGAUUAUAUAGUUGAUUAAUUAUCAUUUUCUCGGUAUUAACUACUGAUUUACAAUCGGUCAUUACGUUUGUAUAAGUUCUUGGCAUAGUGCUUGAUACCACAUGUUUCAUAAUAUUUAUUUCAUAGCUACUGUAAGUAUUGGCAUCAAUGGUAUUACUAUCAAUUUGGUGAUAAAUAAAGAAGAAAAUUGUGACGUCCAUAAUUUAUUGUUUGAUUCAGUAUCAAUCACUAUGGAAGAAAUUAUGUAAAACAACAAAAAUAUCUCUAACAAUUUUGAAUCACAAAACCAUAAGGACCUCUUAUAAUUAACCAUUGAUAAGAAGGCAAUUAGUAUCCAUAUUGUUAUUAUUUAAUAUAUUUGAUGUUUUAUUUCUUAAUUAAGCUAUCUAAAUACUAUUCUGUACAUACAUACAUGAUAAUUUUUAGAUUAUAUGAUGUACAAUUGUUUUAGUGUGAAUAAUUAAUUAUUGAGAUUAAUCUGAGGAACAACGAUUAUUCGUGUUUUGUUUUUU